AUGGCCAAGCUCAAGACCCCUUCAAAAAAGGAACUCAUCGAAGAGAAUCGGGUACUCCGAGCUGAAAUGCAAGCAGCCACGUUCAUGAUCCCCCUCGUCGGGCAGCCUGAAACUCCAUCGGAACCUCGGGCCGCUGUCGAACCCAAAUUCUCAGCAAACUAUACGGACCAGAUGAUCGUCGCGUUGCUCGAAGUGCGGUUUGGCUGGUUCCGUGACGACUUCGCCG